AUGAACACAUCAUCCAAUCACCAGCGCUGGUUGUUUCGCCAUUCCCACCGACCCCAUCGCCCCGCCUCCAGGCCGGUUUGCGGGCUAAUUGAUGUACCAUCCACAGACCGACCGUCACGCUCGUUAGUGCAACAGGAGCCUCGUCUGCCCCACUCCCGUCGCCAUACUCGCCGAUUCACACGUGUCCCUCCUCUUCGUCUGCCUCGUCUAUCUCGUCCACGUCGUGUCGGCCAGUUUGUGCGACCCGACAAUCACUCACUCGUCGACUUGACUUAA